AUGUCGAAAUUUGGCUGCCUAGUAAUGGGCCCGGCGGGUGCAGGCAAGACGACCUUCUGCACGGCUAUGAUCCAGCACCUACAACACAGCCGACGAUCCUGCUUCUACGUGAACCUCGACCCGGCCGCGAGCGAUUUCUCCUACGAACCGGACCUCGACAUUCGAGACCUGAUUUCGCUGGAGGACGUCAUGGAAGAGAUGUCGCUCGGGCCCAACGGCGGGCUGAUCUUCUGCUUUGAAUUCCUGCUGCAGAACCUGGAUUUCCUGGCGCAGGCCAUCGAGCCGCUCUCCGAAGAAUACCUCAUCUUAUUCGACCUGCCCGGCCAGAUUGAACUCUACACGCACAUCCCGCUAUUGCCCGAGCUGGUGAAGUACCUGUCGAGGAUGGGCCCACUGAAUAUCAACCUGUGUGCCGCGUACCUGCUCGAGGCGACGUUUGUGGUCGACAAGGCAAAGUUCUUCGCUGGCACGCUGUCCGCCAUGAGCGCCAUGAUUAUGCUGGAGCUUCCUCACGUCAAUAUCCUGUCUAAGAUGGACCUCGUCAAGGAUCAGGUCGGCAAGAAAGAGAUGAAGCGUUUUGUGGACCCAGAUGCCAACCUGUUGGACGAUGAGGACACCGGACGAGGGACGGCUGAACACACAAUGGAUAUGCGCAAUCCGCAGGAGAUAGACCAAGUCAUGUCGGGUGGUUCUUUCAAACAAUUGAACCGGGCAGUCGCAAGGCUGAUCGAUGAUUUCAGCAUGGUAUCCUACCUGCAGUUGGAUGUCAGCGACGAGAAUAGUGUCGGAGAUAUCCUAAGCUACAUCGAUGAUGCCAUCCAAUACCAUGAAGCCCAGGAGCCCAAAGAUCCCAAAGAAGCGGAGAUGCAAGAGCCCGCAUGGCAAGAGGGUGGGGAUUAG